UGGUAAUUCUAUUGAUGUAGUAAAAUACACACCUGAUUUGGAAGGCCUGACUUCAGUCUGUCGUCGUCAGCCGAGUACGAAGAUAGACCGCUCAUUCGCAGUCAACCAACAUGUUGAUGCUCCCAAGAGCUGAUUCGCCAGGUGGGGAGUUUGUGUACUCCGAGACGAAUGCCGCGACGGUGUAUAUUCCCGUGGCCGUCUUCCUAGCCGUCUGCCCUAUCAUCGUUUUCACAAGAAUCUGGGCUCGAAUAGGAACCGGAGGAAAGUUGGGCGCGGAUGAUUAUACGAUUCUGCUAUCUCUCGCAUUUGCGCUGGUCUCGGGUGCAAUAAUGCUCGCAGCCUGUCACUUCGGCUAUGGUAGACACGCCGCUACCUUGUCGCCGGAUGACAAGUACCAGGCCUUCAAGUAUUUCUACCUGUGCCAGGUAACAUACAAAGCCAGCAUCAACUCAACCAAGGCGUCCAUUUUAUUGUUGUACCUCAGGAUAUUCGGCCCCACCAAAUGGCUUAGAUGGGCGUGCCGCUUUAUGUUAAUGAUCAUAGUCAUGUAUUGCAUUGCAUCUGUCACAGCCACUAUUUUCCAAUGCACCCCCGUUACGAAGGCUUUCAACAAGUCUAUGAAGGGCACAUGUAUUAAUAAUGGAAAAUUCUGGUAUGCUAACGCCGGCUUCUCUAUUACAACCGACGUCAUUAUCCUGACACUCCCGAUGCCACUUGUCUAUGCGUUGCAAGUUCCCAGGGUUCAAAAGGCCGCACUGAUCAUGGUUUUCGCUCUCGGAGCCUUCGUGGUGAUCACUUCCUGCUUGAGAGUUACAACUAUUGACCUCCAGGCUACGAGUCCCGAUCCGCUUUACGAUAUAGCAUCUACAAUGUGGACUAUCAUUGAGAUGAACGUCGCUAUCGUUUGUGCCUGCCUUCCUCAAAUUCGACCACUAAUAGUCAAAUGGUUCCCGAGGCUGAUGCCAUCACAUUACGUCAACUCGAGAGAACGGUCCGACAAGAGAAGUGCUUACACCGCCAGUAACCUCUCAAAGCUUAAUACGGGUAGCAACAACAGAAAUUACUGGGGACCGGAACAAGGCAAUUGGACGCGGAUGAAUAGUGCUGGUACUGGGCAAGACAGCACCAAUCAAACCAGCGAACCCAGCCCAGAAGAGUACGCACUGGAGGAUGACAAGGGACUACAGAUACAAAAGACAGUGCAAUAUACGGUCGAGUAUCUUCCAGAAAGGAAAUCCGAGAUGCGCUCCGGGCCGACAACCGCAUGAACGAGGGUACGGGAUUGGAGUUAGCUGCAAAAAGGCCGUGGAAUGUGGUAUACCUAGGACGGUGUGAUGUACGGUAUGAUCUUCUUACGACGUUGGUGAAAAAGGGGCCUAUAAUUCAGCUGGAUCUGGUGAAUUUGAAGUGGGUUGAUAGGUAAACAAAGUACCUCGGCAGCCUCGGUACAAUUCUCCAGACGUAACUAGCCUAUGCCGCUGAGUAAACUAGCAAUAUUUUCGCUGUAUCCUUAAAUGUAGUGCUGUUCCAGGCCAUGGCACUUGGUCAUCUUUUUAGGUAGCUAGAAAUCCAAGCUUCCUACUAGCCUACCCCUUUGUGCCCGUUCGGUUUCGCAUCCACUAUAAGCUGCAAACCCGGCCACAAGCAAUAAUUAGGGAAUUAAAGUAAU